AUGAAGAUGAUGAAGGUGCUACCAUGCCCUGCUGCCCUUCUUUUCCUCGUGACUGCAUUCACUGUGGAGCCAUCUCACUGUGCCAAGGUGCUGAUCAUGCCCACCAUAGUCUUUGACAGCCACUUGCGAGUCUUCAUGCGGGUGGCAGAGGCACUGACUGAGCGGGGCCAUGACCCUGUGCUGCUGCUCCACGAAGGUCGGGAUGUGGAGACCUCCCUGCCCGGCUUCCGCGUGCAGAGGUACUGGGGAACCUUCAGCACAGAGAACGCAGAUGCCUGGGUGCAGGAGAAGAUAAAGCGUAUCUUUCAAGGGAAGAUGACCUCCCUGGAGGUGUUUUCAUUUUUGGAGAAGUACCUGGAAAACUGUGACCUAGUACUGGGAAAUUCUACCCUUCUGCAGAAACUCCAGCUGGAGCACUUUGAUCUGCUGUUGGUGGACCCCAAUGAGAUGUGUGGAUUUAUCCUGGCCCACAUCCUACACAUCAAAUAUGCUGUGAUUUCCACUGGCUUCUGGUUCCCAGCAGAGAUUGGUGCCACCUCCCCCAUUGCCUAUGUCCCUGAAUUCAACUCCCUGAUGACAGACAGGAUGGGCUUUUUUGGUAGGACUUGGAAUCUCCUAGUCUACAUAAUCACUCGUGUGGCUACAAAACUGGUCAUCCUGCCCAAGUUUGAACGUCUCAUGGAGAAGCAUACUGUGGAGCCCAAGACAUCCAUGUUGGACCUUGUUCAUGGAACCAGUCUGUUCUUCCUCUGUAAUGAUGUGGUGUUGGACUUUCCCCGUCCAACCCUCCCCCAUGUCAUUUUCACAGGGGGGAUCCUGGCUGAGCCUGCAAAGCCCCUUCCAGUGGGUCUGCGUCUCUGGGUGGAAGCAGCAGAGGCAGGUGUCGUUGUUGUCUCCUUUGGCAUCGGGAUCCGAGCUCUUCCAAGCGAUUUGGUGGAGAAGAUGGCUGGUGCAUUUGCUCGCCUCCCGCAAAGGGUGGUGUGGAGAUAUUUUGGUCAGAAGCCAAGAAACCUGGGUGAAAAUACGCUGAUGAUGGGGUGGCUGCCCCAGAAUGACCUGCUAGGCCAUCCCAAUGUGAAAGCCUUUGUCAGCCACUGUGGGAUGAAUGGUAUAUUUGAGGCAAUUUAUCACGGUGUGCCAGUGGUGGGAUUUCCUUUCUAUGGGGACCAGUUUGACAUCAUGACCAGAGUGCAGGCAAAGGGCAUGGGUAUCCUCAUGGACUGGAGCAGACUAAAAGAAGAGGAGCUUUACCAGGCUGUCAUCACCGUCAUCUCUGACCCCAGCUACAGAAAAGCAGCCCAGCACAUCUCAGCCCUGCACCUGGACAGACCAAUGCACGCUCUCAACAGGACAGUGUAUUGGCUGGAGUACGUCCUGCGGCACGAUGGGGCGCCCUUCCUUCGCCCGGCUGUCUACGACCUUUCCUUGUAUGAGUACUUCUGCCUGGACAUAUUGGCUCUUCUCUUGCUGUGUCUGGCUGCUAUUGGAUUUGCUCUCUACAAAUCUGUGCUGUGGUGCAGAAGGAAAGGGGCCAGCCCUGUGUAUCAGAAUGGCAAUUGCAUGAAAGGCCACUUCACAGAUGAGAAAAAACUGCAGUAGUGGCCGGUGUGUUCCAGGGCAUAUCCCAUCACUGUGAAAUGAACUGCUGCUGUGCCAAGAAAUGUAUGGCAUGCAGGCAUGGA